CACCGUCUCCCUCUCCAGACAGGUUUCCCCUCCCGGAAGCGGAAGACGCGAGCCGAUGAGGCAGCGCGUGAGCGAGCGGUAAUGGCGGCCCGCGGUUCCUCUGGCAAGCGUGGAGCCGGCCCUGGGGGCUGUCGGGGAACCGACCCCCAAGAGGAGCCGCCUCCUCCGCUCCAAGCCGUGCUGGUCGCCGACAGCUUCAACCGCCGCUUCUUCCCCAUAUCCAAGGACCGGCCGAGGGCGCUGAUUCCUCUGGCAAAUGUGGCCAUGAUAGAUUAUACCCUGGAAUUCCUGACUGCAACUGGAGUGGAGGAAACCUUCGUCUUCUGCUGCUGGAAGUCAGCAGAGAUCAAGGAGCAUUUACUGAAAUCUAAGUGGUGCCAUCCAUCCUCUCCAAACACAAUACGGUUUGUGACCUCGGACCUCUACCGCUCUCUUGGUGAUGUGCUGAGGGAUGUUGAUGCCAAGUCACUGGUUCGUUCUGACUUCAUCCUUGUCUCUGCAGACGUAGUGUCCAAUAUUAACAUUUCCACAGCUUUACAGGAACACAGGUUACGGCGGAAGCUGGAGAAGAACGUGUCUGUGAUGACCAUGAUUUUCAAAGAAUCCUUGCCAGGUCACCAUGCCAGGUGCCAAGAGGAUGAUAUCAUCCUUGCCAUGGAUAGUGCUUCCAAACGAGUGCUGCACUACCAGAGGACUCAAGGGCUGAAGGCCUUCCGGUUCCCCACGAGCUUGUUCCAGACCAAUACUGAAGAAGUGCAAAUACGGCAUGAUUUGUUGGAUUGUCACAUCAGCAUCUGCUCCCCCCAGGUGGCGGAGCUGUUCACAGAUAACUUUGAUUACCAGACUCAGGAUGACUUCGUGCGUGGACUUCUGGUGAAUGAAGAAGUCCUGGGCAACCAGAUACAUAUGCAUGUGACAUCAGAAGAGUACGGUGCCCCCGUAUCCAACUUGUUGAUGUACGAGUCAGUGUCCUUUGACGUCCUUCAACGCUGGGUUUACCCACUGACUCCGGAGAUGAACUUUACCGAUGACAAGGCACAAAAUUGCACUCAUUCGCGGCACAACAUCUACCGGGGGGCGGAGGUGAGCUUGGGCCAUGACAGCAUGUUGGAAGAGAACGUCCUCAUCGGUCAGGGAACGUCUGUUGGCAGGAAAUGCUCUAUAACCAACAGUGUUAUAGGCCCCAACUGCAAAAUUGGUGAUGACGUCAUUCUGGACAGGGCAUUCCUGUGGAGCGGUGUCCGUGUAGGGGACCAUGUAAAAAUCCAGCAGUCGAUUGUUUGUGAUGAGGCCGAGGUUAAGAAAGGGGUAACGCUGAGUCCUCGCUGCGUCCUCACUUCCCAGGUGGUGGUGGGUCCUGACAUGGUCCUCAAAGAAGGCACGGUCAUCUCCCUACAUCCCACAGAUGAGGAGGAGGAGGACGAUGACCAGUUCAGCGACGAUUCUGGUGUGAACAAAGAAGAGAGCAAAGUGAAGUUAAAAGGUUACAGUGCAGCAGAUGUUGGCUCAGAGGGCAGAGGUUAUCUCUGGAAAGCAGAUGAUGAGAAUGAUGUGGACCAAAUGGAACAAAGGCAGAGUCUUUGGGGCCCUAUUUUAAAUGCAGAAGAAGAAAGUGAGACAGAAAGUGAUAUGAGUCUGGGGUCUGAGGAAGCAGACAGUCGAACAGCUUCCCCUCAGCUGGAUGACAUCAAAGUUUUCCAGAAUGAAGUGCUGGGUACUCUGCAGAGGGGUGAAGAGGAAAACAUUUCCUGUGACAACCUGGUUCUAGAGAUCAACUCUCUCAAAUAUGCCUAUAAUAUUGGCCUGAAAGAGGUGAUGGAGGUUCUCAGCAAGGUGGUUCUGGAGUUCCCAUUGCAGCAAAUAAACACAGAAAAGGAUUCUCAACAUUACUGCAUGCUAGUAGUCCCUUUAUUGAAGAAUUGGGCUCCCGUCUUCAAAAACUACAUCAAGCGGGCAUCGGAUCACUUGGAUGCCUUGCAUGCCAUCGAAGAAUUCUUCCUGGACCAUGAAAACCUAUGCAUGGCCAUGGCCAAAGUGCUGAUGACUUUUUACCAGCUGGAAAUUUUGGCAGAAGAGAUGAUUCUCACCUGGUUUUCACAGCGGGACACAUCAGAUAAAGGCAGACAGCUUCGUAAGAACCAGCGGCUUCAGAAGUUUAUCCAGUGGCUAGAGGAGGCCGAAGAGGAGUCAUCUGAAGGAGAGCAAAACUGACCCGGCAGCCUCCAUCAGAAAGCGAUGCCCCUGCUCCCUGCUUCAAAAAAGAGGGCCGCAGUGUCAGGCUUUGCCUGAUGAACUGACAGAGCAAGACCCAGUGCAUGGCAUGUCCGUGUGGGACCUGAUAAUCCAAGUUGACUGACAAUCCCAUUAUUUAUCUAUGUACUUAGCAUCUACCCCUGAAAAGGCACUGCAUGUAGGACAGUGAAAGAGCAACGGGGGGGGGGGAGCCAGAGACCUGUAUAAUGUUUAAGAUCUUUCAGAGACAUAUAUGUGUGUGUGAGUGUAUGUACACACAUACACACACACAUAUAUGGACUUAUCCAUAUGUGGUGCUGUAUAAAUAAGCUAUCCACUGGGCCAGGGGGCUUUGCUGCUGAUGUAAGUGGUGACAGAGGCUAAUACAGACCGAUUCCAUGUCAACCUUUAACUAUUGGGGGUUGAGCCACUUCUGAGUUGCAUGAAAGAGGGUCCCUAAGACCAAAUUUACCAGGAGCCCUUUGACUUUACUGGAGCGCUGCAUGUGCAGCUGAUACUUUCCCACUUCUUGGCUCAAGGGCCUGCUGGUAAAGCGUGUGAGACAGAAAAGGGGUUCAGAAGCCCAACCUCAGGACUGACACGCUGUUGAUGGAAGGCAGAGCUGUCCAUUGAUACUGAGAGAUUUCAGAAGAAGAGGUUGUUUCUUGCAGUUGGGCUAGCUUCUGUUUCAGCUUGGAUGUCGGCUUGGCAUUGCAGCCCUUGCCAAAAUCAUGGAGCCUUUUCUGUUUCACUUCUGUUCGUACAAAAUGGAGGAAAUGUUGACCUACCUCACAAGGAGCUUGUUCAUAAAUGAAAAAGCUGCGGCAAGGAAAUGUUCUUCCGCUCCUGGCGGUGGGAGCCUUUUGUCCACGUCAAGCCUGCUUACAGGCCAGUCUAACUAUUUGGAUCUGGAAGAGGAGAUCCAUUUCCCCACCCAUUUGUAGUGGAACAGAUGUUCUUGGUCUCGGAUCAAGAAGCUGCUGGAGUCUGUCCCCUGCAUCUGCUGACCAGUUCAUAUAUCACUUCACAGAACUUUUUUGGUGAUCUGCUUUGCCCUCAGAAAACACUGACACAGUGUAGAUGCAAGCUAGGUCAGUCACAUACUGCAGAUAAUUUUAGAAGUUUUUUGUAUUGGGGAUGGCUAUUGUGAUACCCUCCAGACAUUGCUGGACAACAACUCCCAUCAGACCCAGCCAGCAUGGCCAGUGAUCAGGGAUGAUGGGAGUUGUAGUCCAGCAAUACCUAUAAUGGCCUAUAUUGACUAUCCCUAUUUUAUGUGUAAUUUAAGAAACACUUUGGUUUCUUUUUAAAUGUUGACAUCAGAAGGCCUGUGGUUCUGGGUUUGGCAUAGGAGCAUGUGGUUCCAUGUUCUCCACCUUUCCUCCUUGCACCAUUCUUAUCACUGAUAAAGUCCUCAAACAACCAUCUUCUCGAGUUGCAGUUCAGCGUCCAUCAUUCUACUAAUGGAAACAGAGGCAUGGCGGGCAACUGCUUGAGUUCAGUAGUCUGGGCCAACAUAUAGAUCUUUCUUCUGGGAAAGGGCUGCAUUCUAUCUAGAGGACGGUAACUUGAGCUUUGCCAGUCUGGAGGUGGCUGUAAGCAUCGGUGCUGUUGUGCCAUUUAGACACACAUGGAGUCACUAAAGUGUCUGGGGAAACAUUGCCUGUUGGGGGGAAGAGCAUAAACACUGACAUUAGCGUUGGGCUUCUCUUGUCACCACAUCCUUAUGUAAAUGUUGGGAAAGAAGUGUUUUCUGUGUCUGUCAAUAUUUAAUUUGGGGAGCAAUUAAACAUCCCUGCUAUAAAGAAUGGGCUGUCUGUUCUGUAAUGUUGGAAUCUGAGCAAAAGUCUUGAAUCUUGGUAGACAUUAGAGUUAGGUUAAAAGAAGGGUCUUUUAAAUCUUCUUUACACAUAGUUUAACUGAUGAUGUGGUUGUUGCCUCUGCAGUAGCUCCCUAAGCAAUAAGUGUACAUGGAAAGUUUUCCACCCAUGUGGUUCAUUGCUUGGCACGUUUACAAACCACGCAAGUAAUGCCUGGACCCUUGGGAGGUCUGCCACCAGUACAUAGUUUUCAAGUGUGUCAUGAAGCUAAGCUAAGUGGGCAGAAGACUUUACACCUAUCUAGACCUGCAAGGGGGGAGCAGCCAGAGAGGCAGCAGCAACUGUAGCAAUUAAAGACAUGUUUAGUGGUGAUCUUAAGGUCUGUUCCAUGUUGUGUGUUUUUAUAGCAGUUCCAAAAUACUUGUUAUGACUAGAUUCUACCAAUGAUUUAGCAGGAAUUUAAACUGGUUGAUUGGGGUGAGGGAUUUUCUGAAUUAAAAGAACAGUUUCUCCUUUGUUAGAAUAUUAUUAGCCAGCCUGUUUUGGAUAACUUAUCAAUGAUGGGCUGGCUAAUGCAAUCAAGAAUGGAAAUAAAUCUUGGAAGUGCUUCUGAUGUGAACCACCAUACCUUGUCACCUGACAUAUGCUGUGUUACAGUUGGUCACGAUUUGGGCCCCUGAAAACAAGGCAUUUAUGUGGAGUAUGUGCAUGGCUUUGCCCAAGCAACUCGAACAUUUAUUAUUUAUGAUAGAAUCAUAGAAUAGAAUCGUAGAGUUGGAAGGGGCUUAUAAGGCCAUCAAGUCCAGCCCCCUGCUCAAUGCAGGAAUCCAAAUCAAAGCAUUCCUGACAGAUGGCUGUCCAGCUGCCUCUUGAAUGCCUCCAGUGUCGUGAGCCCACUAUCUCUCUAGGUAAUUGGUUCCAUUGUCGUAUGGCUCUAACUGUUAGGAGGUUUUUCCUGAUGUUCAGCUGAAAUCUGGCUUCCUGCAACUUGAGCCCAGCACGGAAUAAAUUAUUAAAUAUAUUAUUAAUAAAUUAAUUCCCUUCCUCCCAGAAUGAGCCUAGGGCAGCAAACAAGUGAUAAAACACUACACUUUAAAAACAUAUUUAAAACAAGACAUGGGGGAGACACAGUUCAAAUUCCUGGUGGUAACCAGGAAUAGGCUCCAAAAACAAUAGUCUUGUGACACCUUAAACUAGUCUAAUUUAUUAUCACAUACGUUUUUGUGGACAACAGUCAGCAUCAGAUGUAAGAAAUUGUCAUGCUGAGCUGUAGGUAUAUAUGCACAGGAUGACUGGGGGCAGGGGGAGGAGAUUGUAAACAGUAAGGUCAGAAGCAAAUGAAAUGCAGAAAAGAACAGAUGGUAUUUAUAGUGACCAUUGACAAAAAACUGUUGCUGGCACUGUUAAGCCAAUUAACGUGUGAUUAAAAAAACACCUUUGUCACAAAAAAAAACACCUUUGUCACAAUUCAGUUCACAAGUGAUAGCAUUGAACUUCCUUGAAUUGUAGUUCAGCAGUUUCCCAUUGUUUAUUUCCUGUGAUGUUAUAUUCUAGGUAUAGAAGAUGUUUCUUUCCAUCCUGCUGUCUUUGUGAGGGGCACUAUUUAUUUGCUGUGGCAAAAAAUUAGCUCUCAUUAUUAAUCAGUCUUAAAAUGGUCCAAUGAGAAAUGGAGAGUAAUGCCCAGCAUUAAUACCCUUUAAGUUAGAGAAGAAUUGUUCCCAUUUUUAAAACUUUUUCUCUCUUGGAUCUUGGAGAUGUCUGGUUUUAUUGACCACUAAAUUGAAAAGAGGCAUAGUAAAAUGCUUACCCCUCCUGAUGCUGCUGCACUGAUGAUAAGCUAUAUGCUCUGUAUGUGUAAUACUGUCUACUUUGACUAUGCCUGUUUCCUUCACCUUAUAACUGCUUAGGGAUACCCAUACAACAAAGCCCCUGCCACCCCCCAAAAUGUUUACAAGCUCUUUAAAAUGCAGGCAUUUAAAAAUACCUCUGGAUAUCUGAGGUUUUUCUCUUUUAACCAUUUAAAGAUGAUUUAAAAUGGGUUUGGCUUGUAAUUCUAGAUUUGUUGUGGUUAGAGGCAGAACAUAUUUUGUGCCACAUAACAAAUGUGUUCAGCGUUGUGCUCGAAUUCUGUGCUCUGAAAGUGCCAGUUUGCCAGUGGUGCAAGUGACACUCUACUGUCUUUUAAAGGGACACAUGUAAACAGGAGCUGUUUCAAAGUUAGGUUUUCUCCUAAUUUUUCUUCCUCAUGCUCUCCUGGGCUAUUUUCUUUUCCACUGUUGUCUUGGUGGUAAAGUUUUGAAAUACUAUUAUUUAAUAAUAGGAAAGAGAAAUGCCAGACUAAAAUAUUUUCUGCUCAUCUAAUUUUUAUUGCACCUUAGUUAUGGCAUUAGAUCAUGCUCGUCUUGAAGCCUUUUCUGGAUUUGUUGAACAAAAGAAUCUGACAGGCCAGUCCCAUUUGAAUGAAAAUCCUAUUGGAUUCAGUGGGAUUUACUCCCAAAGUGUAUUUUACACAGCAGUGUGUGAGUAUGAAAAUAAAACCAUUAUGAAUAAUUUAGAGAUCAGAAACAACAGUCUGAAAUGUCUUUAAGCCUUCUAGAUCGUGUCCGGUGAUGUUACUUUUAAAGCCUUUCUUUCAGAGUAACCAAACCUGAAAUCUUGAUUUUUUAAAAAAACCCUAAAACAUAUUAAGUUAAACCCACCCAGUCUUGUCUAUGUGCAAUAGUAUCAUUGCAUGAUAACGUGGGAAAUGACAACUUCACCCAAAGGGUAGGGGGGCUGACCUGUUUGCAUGCCAUUUGUAUUUAAAGACACACAUACUCCCUUUGCCCUAAUUCCUUGAACUAUCUCAGCCUUCUCCCCAUCUCUGCCACGGCCCUCAAGCACUUUGCUAGUAUGAAAAUUAUUAAUUUUAAGCAUCAGGCACAUUGUGGAUGUUGCCCCAAGCUUGAAUUAAAUGGUGCAUGAGCAUAUUCCUUUAUAUAAAAUGGAGAGGGAUCAUCUCCUAUGGUGCUGUUCAUAAAAUUGCCAAAGUGAAAACAGAAAAUGGGUGUCAGGGUAGUUGCUGAUAAACCCCUUUGGUGAGCGAUGGAAUUUGGACUAGGGCGUAGAAUCCUGCCUGCUUGCCUGUUUUGACUGGCAUGGUUCCACUUUCGGGGGAGGGAAAUGUAACUAGCCUGAGUGUAGCAAUGGGAAUAACAAAUUCCAAUACAAAACACAGCCAUCUCUUAUGUUCAAGGCUACAUGAAAGCUAAUUCAGAGAAAGAAUUGUGAGUGCAACAUUAGACAAUUGAAUUCUAUAUUCCUGAGAAUCUUUCUUUUCAUUUGUUUUGGUUUUUAGGUAAGGUUUUAGCCUUCAUGGGCCAAGAUAUGCCUGAAAGUGUAUGCAAAGCCUGAAGAGAUCUUAGCCAGGGCGAUUGCUAAAUAAGAUUUGUCAUGGGAAGAGGUGGAGUUUCAGCCUUGCAUAUCUUUUUGUCCCUUUCCAUUAGUAGAAGCAGAAUGAAUUAUGCAAAAUCAGAAAUUGUGCAACUGUACCUAAUUUGCAGAAUUUAAACAGGCUCCAGGACUUAGGCUGCAAUCCAAUAUACCCUUACCUGUGAGUAAGUCCCAUUGAACCCAGUGAAGCUUACUUCUGAGUAUACAUGUAUUGCAUUGCACUGUUACUCAGUCUACAACCUCCAUCUCUGAACUGAAUCUAAAAAGCGACCUCAUUUGUACUCUCCCCCUUUUGUAAAAUCAGGCAAGAUUUGAGUCCUGGACAACUCAGAAGUUAGCAUAUGCUGUGGCAUUUUGGCUGGGCAGAGAAAAUUGCUCAACUGUGGACUGAGGAGUUUCCGAGAUAUAAAUCAAUUCACAUUAAGAUCCAGUCUGGAGGAUAUCAGCUAACCUCUAGCUGUUGACAGGAUCAGGUACACCCAAGUCCUUCUGCAAACAGAAGCUGCAGCUCCAUCUGGGCAAGCCUACAUGUGAGAGAAUUGGUGUCUGUAUGACAUUCCAGCGGGAGCUGUGUUUGGUGCAGUAUGCCCAGCAGAAUCCUUUGUCACUUGAAAGUAUUAGGGUGCAAUCAUUUACACAAUUACUUGAGAGUAAGUCUUACUGAACGCUGUGAUGCCUACUUCUGAAUAGUCACCUGUACAAUUGCCCUACACAAGAUUUAGCUCCCACUAGAGAUGUGACGGCCCGGAAUAAUUAGGGGAAAAACCGUGUUUUCUUUUGUUUUUUUCUGAAGCCUUGUUUUUUUCUGAAAAAUUGAAAAAAAAAUGAAUAAAUGAAUUAUGGAAUGUUUUAUUUUAGCAUGAUGAAUAAAAUGUUUCAUUGAA